AUGGCAGAGACACUCGAGACCCCCGUGUCCCGCCGCUUGGCAUCCGUCAAGAACAUUGUCAUUGUCCUCUCUGGCAAGGGCGGUGUCGGCAAGUCGUCCUCCUCGGUCCAACUUGCGCUGUCGCUCCUCAACACCUCGCCCACGACCCGCGUCGGUCUGCUCGAUUUGGACCUCACGGGCCCCUCGCUUCCGCGCAUGGUCGGCCUCGAUGUGCCCGAGGCAAGCGUGCACCAGUCGUCUGCCGGCUGGGUGCCCGUGUACGUCGACCAAGAACGGCGGCUGGGCGUCAUGUCGAUCGGCUUCCUGCUCGCCAACCGCGGCGACUCGGUCGUGUGGCGUGGUCCCAAAAAGGACGGCAUGAUUAGGCAGUUCUUGUCUGAGGUGCGCUGGGGCGACCUCGACUACCUUGUCAUUGACACGCCGCCGGGUACGAGUGACGAGCACAUUUCGCUGCUCACGCACCUCCACCCGCUGUUCACCCCCACGGCCGAGCGGCCCACCACCCCGUCCGCGGUCCUCAUCACGACCCCGCAGACGACGGCUCUGAACGACGCCCUCAAGUCGCUGUCGUUCACGCGCAAGCUCGCCCUCCCCGUCCUGGGUCUCGUGGAGAACAUGGCCGGAUACGUGUGUCCGUGCUGUGGAGAGAUUUCCGACACCUUUGGUCGUGGUGGCGGCGAGGCCAUGGCCCACCGCGAGAGCAUCCCGUUCCUCGGCCGUGUGCCCAUCGACACCCAGCUUGUCACCUUGCUCGACGCAGUGUCAAAGGGUGAAGUGCCCGGUGCCGAUGUCGCCAAGCCCGAGGCCCAAAAGGUUGCCGAGGCCGCGGGCGAGGCUCCAGCCGAUGCCCUCGCGUCCGCUUCUAUCGACGACAAGGAGGACGGCAAGGCCGAGCACGAGCACUUCCCUCUCCUGGACAAGUACCUUGCCACGACGAGUUCAAAGGUCUGGGCCGACAUUGCCGGUGACGUUGUGAAGCGCGUCGACGACCGCCGUGCACAGAUUACGGCAAAGCUCAACGAGCAGUAG